AUGCCUGCGCCCGCAACGCUGCACAGAUGCCUGUGGCACGGCACCUCGAUGAUCCUGCUCCUCCUGACAGCUCUCACCACCACGCUCUCCUGCCAGCACAUGCGUCCCCAAGACGCCACCUUCGCCUGGGACAGCCUCAAAAUCCUGAAGGCCAUGGCUCCCACGCCAUCACAGCCCUGCCAACACUACCAGCCCCUCUUCCCCUUCCCCGACACCCUCCUACACACCAACCAACCACAGCAAGCCGCUGCCAUCGCCAGACACAUCCUCCAGAACCUCCUCGCCAUCCUCAGCAGCCACAGCAUCCCUCAGCACUGGGAUGCCAAGGCACGGCACGACCUUCUCAACAACCUUUAUCAUUACAGCCAUCACCUGGAGCAAUGCAUGUCAGCCAAGAGGACGCUCACCAAAAAGCAAGGGCCCCGCAACGUCGUGCUCAGCAUCAACAAAUACUUCAAGCGUAUCCAGGACUUCCUCCACACCCACAGCCACAGCGCCUGCGCCUGGGACCACGUCCGCUUCGAAGCUCGCGCCUCUUUCCAACGCGUGGACACGCUCAUACGGCAAAUGAAGAGCCGAGCCACUCCUGCUCCCCCCUAG